AUGGCGUCGUACUUCAUGCCGUCAUUCUUCCAGAAGCGGCUACUCAAAUACGCCUUAUCGCACCUGGGUCUGGUCGACACAGAGGCACUGGAUCUAGACAAUCUAGGCAUCCGCUGGGGCCAACGGAGUACGAUCGAGUUGAAAGAUAUUGGCCUCAAAUUAGAUAAAUUAUCAACGAUUCUAGAUCUACCUCCCUCCUGCGAGCUGCUCAGCGCCCGAGUGCAGCUUCUUCGACUUACCCUUCCGGCCGAUUUGCAUAGUAGUGGGAUUCUCUGCGAGGCAAACGGCAUCGAGAUACACAUUCGGUUAUUGUCCGAGGAAUCAAAUAAGACGAAAUCCGGGAGACGACAUGACAACUAUUCGGCCGUGCCCACACCAUCUGGUCUGGCGGAGUCAUUCCUUGAGUCUGAGCCUAAGAAAGAAAGGGAAGAGCUACAAGCCGCCAUAUCGUCACAGUCCCAGGUCCUGCCCCGUGACCCGUUAACAUGGGAAGCCGAUGACGAUGAAGAGCUUGGCCUCGGGAGCGAUACAUUAUCAUUGCCGAGCUUUGUCGCCGGGUUUCUGAAGGGCGUUGUGGAUCGACUCCAGCUCAAGGUCAAAGAUGUGGCUGUACGGGUGGACAUGGAGUUGAAGCAGGAUGGACCAUCAAAACGACAGCCUGAACAUAAGCCGGAUCUUGUCGCAGCCCUGUUGGGCGUCGGGCAAAUUGAUGUAUACGGGGUAUCUGAGAGACCCGCUGACUCGGAGGGUCUUCUUUUUCGGGAAGGAAAACGGCUGAUUUCAGUUGCGGACAUCGCCGUCAGCUUGAUUUCGGACCCAACGGUCUUCUCAAACUACUCUCGAUUUGCACCUCCUGCGUCCCCGACGACCACGCGGUCUCGAGGAAGCCAACCGUCGAGCAGAGCGCCAUCUCCCUCUCUGCUGGAUGGCUCGGAACCAAGGGAUCUAGAACCCCUCGCGAUGACCCAAUCGACCAUACUGGAACCACGGCAAGCCUUCGGCGAGUCAAGCGUCGUAUCGCAUAACUUGGAGGCGUCUGCAAUUACCCAUGAUGGCCGGUUUUCGGACGCAGACUCCGAGUCAGGGAGUCAACGUGAUGGAUAUUUGGAAGACUCGCAGAUAUUUGGAGACGACCCAUUCCAGGAUAACCCGGGAUACCUGGAUUCGGUGAUUGACGCACAACUCGAUGAUUCUGACCAAGAGCACUCACCGAUAAUGCACCCCCAAGACCGACUGGCAGAAGUUGAAUGGAGGAGCCGCUCGUCUUCUGGCCCGGAAAGUUUAUACCAGAGCCAAGACGCAUACCCCGACGAGCCCUCAUUCCUCCCUGACAGCUACCAAAAUCCCCAUGGUUACGAUACCCACCAGAGCCAGCUUGGCCAUGAAACUGACGAGAUUACGCAACCUACCCCUUACGAUAAUCACGACGCAAAUGAACAUAACGAACGUGUACGCUUAAGCGGGCCGUCUCAUCCUUCCAGUAAAUCUCCUGCCCCCUCAGAACCCGACCGCACAGACGCCCGUGAAGAAGCCUCAAAUGCCGAUCUCAACGAGUCCAAGUUCUUCUCUCAUGAUGAAGCCCAGAGUCUUUACAUGAGUGCAAUCAGCCAAGAACCGAAUGCGAGCUUCAUGCCGAACAUGCCAGGAGCAUGGGGCUCGUUCGAAGGUGCAUCAAAGUCACAUAGCGCUUCUGAUGAUCGCUCAACGCAGAUCGCUGUUGACCUAGCACAUUCUGCACAGGUUGAAGAUGAAGUGCCCCAGAUGACCACAGCUUUGUCCGAAGAGGACCAUGCCGGACAGCAUGACAUGGACAGCCAGGCCUUGUCACAGUCAAUACACAAUGACAUACCCUCGAUUCCAUCUCUUCGUCUUCAAGGGAUCGAUGAGAUGAGAAAGUCAGUUUUGACUGUUGACAAGAUGUUGCUGUGGAUCUCGUUCCCGACGUCUGAAGAAGCAUCAGAUGACCCAGCACCUACGAUACCACAAAAGGAGAAGGUGGAUAGUGAUAUCAAAGGAUGCACCAUCAGCUUCGGAGAUUCCGCGCCCGAAGAAAGCCUUCUCGCCUCUAGGGCAUAUAGGUCUACCCGAUUCGGAAGAGGUGUUGAGCCACAGACCCACCCGAGCGCGGGUAGUGAACUACCUGAACUGGCUACGGAGCUGUUCUCCAUCUCCGUGCAUUUUGAUAUUGCAACUGGUUGGCUUCUCACCAAGAUAGGGCAAAAGCUUCUGCAUGCUUUUGAUGCGGCUGAAAAAGAUCCGUCUGAGAAGCAGUCGCGAAGGGAACAUCCCGAGCGCAAGCCACCUGUUCAUCUUGUCAUCCAUGCGGUUUCAAUCAAGUUCGUUGAACGUGUGCUGGGUGACGUUCAUUCGUCUGAAAAUAGCGCCUCCCCUUCGUCGCCUCACCGCGUGGAAGAUGUGAUUGUUCGUUUGUCUUUGUCUGAUAUGGAUGUUCGCCUCUCAACCCAAGAUAUGAUCACCAGGCUAAACCUUGACGUGUCCAAGUUUGGGUUUGGGUUUGCCUCGGAAGACAUUAUCUUCUUUGACGAGACGUUGAAGAUGCGUGAAUCUACACGUGAUGUCUUGUCACCUUCGCAAGGAGACAUUUCUAUCUCACUAGUCAAGUCGGCGGACUCGGCCAAGGUUGAAAUCUCUACGUUGCCCUUGCACAUAAAUCUCAAUAUCCAGCGCCUCGAAGAGGUUCUAGGCUGGAUGGGUGGCCUGAGUACCAUUCUCGAACUUGGAAGUUCCAUAUCGUCGGUCUCAACAGUGAAAGGCAGCUCGUCUCCUUCCAAGCAGCGCCCUCGUGGUGUGCACUUUGAGACACCCGCCCCAAUUGUGCAGGCAUCUGAAAGCACGUCAACGCCCUGGAAACUUAACGCUCGAUUGAGUGCUAUCUUGUUGGAUGUUACCGGGGAGACUCAUUGUCUUCAGUUAACGACGACGGCCGUCAAGAUUGUGAGUCGGUUUGAAGGGAUAGGUGUCCAAAUAGACAAGGCGAAGCUCAUGGGACCUAUUUCUCUUGAUGACCGCCCAGUCGAUCCUCCCGCAAAAAUUACACUGGGCAACAUUCGCCUUGAGUUCUUUUUUGCCCCUAAGGAGGUUGAUCUGGAUCGGCUUUUGACGUUGAUUACUCCAUCUCAAGACAAAUUCGAAGAGGAAGAUGAUAUCAUGCUAGACACAUUAUUGCGACAGCGGCGACAAGGGUCCGUUCUUCGUGUGACAAUCGGACGCUUGGAAACGCUCAUCUCAGAUACCGGUGGAUUAGAGCCUCUCUCGUCCCUUGGUGUCGAGCUGAGUCGACUUUCCAACGUCACGAAGUACUUGCCGGAAGAUGAUCGCCCUGGUAUUCUUACACUGAUGCUGAUUCGUGAAUUCCAAGGCCAUGUCCACGUGGGUGGAGAAGUUGGUGGCAUCAAAAGUGAUCUUACCGACGUUGAAGUGGCACAUAUCACCAUGCCUUCACUUACUGCAGCCCAAAUCGGGACCAUCAAUGUCAAUCGGAACGACGAAGAGACUCUGCUGAAACAAGCCCUGUGGCCUCCAAACAAAUACGAAGAUCCAGACGAGUCCCAUCCGCCGGUUCUCAUGGCUCGUUUCAUUCCUGAUGAGAUGGAUCCGACCUACAAGGUCAAACUGCACAACCUCCUCGUUGAGUACACAGUGCCCUCAGUAACGGCAUUUUUGGGACUUGGUGGUGACAAGAUGGGCGGAGAAUUGGCCAGUAGCAUGGUUAAUUCGAUUGCCAAUCUGGCAGAGCACUCGAUGCCGUCUCCUGUAUUGUCAGGUUCACCAAGGUUGAAUUCAUCAAGCUCAUCGACUAAGCCGAUGAAAUUGGCAGUUGGGUUUAAAGAUUGUGUGCUUGGUCUAAACCCCCGGAAUUCUCCCGCCAAAGGCCUUGCAGUCCUCACCAAUGCCAAAUUCACAGGUAGCAUGCAGGGAGAUGAAUCGGCCCAGGCGUCCUUGGAUCUCAAGAAAGCUUCGCUCAUGAUCAUCGACAAUGUUUGGCAUGAGGGUGUUGAUAAUCUGCACCAACGCAGCUCAACUGUCCCUCAGGUCACCCAGACUCAGGCAUAUAUCGACAAAGGUUACGUUCCUGUGUCUACUAUCUCGUCAGCGACCGCUGGUGUCGAGCUGAUCAGUGCCGAGGAUGGAACCAAGUCUCUGGACGUUCAGCUGAGGGAUGAACUGUUGAUUCUUGAAACCUGCGCCGAUUCCACGCAGACACUCAUCAGCAUCCUGAAUGGACUUCAACCUCCGACUCCGCCGAGCGUCAAGGUCAAAUAUCGAACAGAGAUCAUGCCCAUCCAAGACAUGUUUGCCUCCUUUACUGGGGAUGCUUUUGCGGCUGAUCCUACGCUUCCCACUCUUCCCAUUGAUGAUGCGUUGGCAUCUAUCUCUGAAGAACCCUCCAGGGAAAAUCAGCUGAUCGACGAGCUCGACUAUGUCAGUGACUUCUACCCCGCGAAAAGCAAUUCCGGUGGUGCUGAAGGCCUAGGAGCGGGCCCCAACGGCCUUCCGGACAGCUUCCAUUCCCAACACGAAGUGUCUAGUUCGACGGAAUUGGACUUCCAGGAAGACCACUUUGCAAAGAAAUCACCAGUAGCUGGAACUGCACACAGGUGGGAUUCUACUCAGAACACCUACGGUCUUACCGAUGACACAAAGCUCGAACACAGUCCGUUGCGUGUGUGCGUACGCGACGUGCAUUUUAUCUGGAAUCUCUUUGAUGGAUAUGACUGGCAGCGCACCCGUGACACGAUCUCCAAGGCUGUGAAGGAGGUGGAGACUAAAGCCACAGAACGACGUGCCAGGGGCUCACGGAUGUCACCAUCAGCGGAUGACGAAGAGGAGUCUGUCAUUGGCGAUUUCCUUUUCAACUCCAUCUAUAUCGGUAUUCCAGCGAACAAGGAUCCACGGGAACUCCAUCGCGAGAUCAACCACGACAUUGAUGACCUCACCAGCGAGACUGGGAGCUAUGCGACGUCUACCACUGUGACUGGGGCUGGCAGUCGCCAGGGCCGCCCGACCUCCAAGCGAGAAAAGAAAUUGCGGCUUCACCGGAGUAAGCAUCACAAGAUGACCUUUGAGUUGAAGGGAGUCUCGGCCGACUUGAUUGUCUUCCCGCCAGGUUCAGGAGAGACGCAGAGCUCGUUGGAUGUACGGGUCAAAGAUCUCGAGAUUUAUGAUCAUGUUCCGACAUCUACGUGGAAGAAGUUUGCGACCUACAUGCGUGAGGCUGGCGAGAAAGAGAGCGGAACAAGCAUGGUCCACCUGGAGAUUCUAACUGUCAAGCCGGUGCCUGAGCUAGCUGCGUCGGAAAUUGUACUCAAGGCUACCGUUCUACCUCUGCGGCUGCACGUUGAUCAAGAUGCCCUCGACUUCAUGAGUCGAUUCUUCGAGUUCAGAGACGAGACAGCAGACCCGUCCGGUGUCCCCGGCGACGUCCCAUUCCUACAGCGAGUGGAGAUCAACGCUGUGCAGGUCAAACUAGAUUUCAAGCCCAAGCGGGUCGACUACGCUGGCCUUCGGUCCGGCCGCACGACCGAGUUCAUGAACUUCUUCGUCCUUGACGGCGCCGACAUGGUACUACGGCAUGUGAUCAUUUACGGUGUCUCCGGCUUCGACCGAUUAGGCCAAACCCUCAACGACAUCUGGAUGCCAGACGUGAAAAAGAACCAACUGCCGGGCGUGCUCGCCGGUCUAGCACCGAUCCGCUCGCUGGUCAACGUCGGCGGCGGCGUGCGCGACCUAAUCGUUGUCCCCAUGCGGGAAUACAAGAAGGACGGCCGAAUCGUGCGCAGCAUCCAAAAGGGCGCCCUUGCAUUUGCCAAGACGACCUCCAACGAGUUGGUCAAGCUCGGAGCCAAACUCGCCAUUGGCACGCAGACCGUCCUGCAGGGCGCCGAGGACCUGCUCACCUCGCCCAAUGCGGCGACCUUGGACGACGACUCCCUCGACGAAGAUGAAGCCAAGAAGAUCUCCCUUUACGCCGAUCAGCCGGUUGGGGUGGUACAGGGACUGCGGGGAGCAUUCAGCGGCCUCGAGCGUGACCUUCUUUUAGCCCGUGACGCGAUCGUCGCGGUACCUGGCGAAGUGGUCGAGAGUGGAAGUGCCAAGGCCGCCGCAAAGGCAGUGUGGAAGCGUGCGCCGACCGUGAUUCUUCGACCCGCCAUCGGGGUGUCCAAGGCCGUGGGACAGACUCUGCUUGGUGCGGGAAAUACUCUUGAUCCGAGUAAUCGGCGCAAGAUGGAAGAUAAGUACAAACGGUACUGA